AUGUUUAAGCGCUUUGGGCGUUGGAUUAGGGAUAGUGCUGUAGACGGAUAUAUUAAGGGCACCGACAAUGACAACUGUGAUCCAUACCCAUGUCAAAAUGGGGCAACGUGUACAGAUGGGAUUAGUAAUUUUAACUGCAUCUGUCCAGGAGGGUUUGCAGGAGAUACAUGUUCUUUAGACAUUCAAGAAUGUGAGUCUUCUCCAUGCCAAAAUAAAGGAUCAUGUACAGACAACAUCAAUGGUUAUACGUGCACCUGUGACAAAGGAUAUACUGGGGAUAACUGUGAGAUUGACAUAAAUGAAUGCAAGUCAUCACCCUGCCUGAACGGUGCUUCUUGUAUAGAUGGUACUAAUAGUUACACAUGUUCCUGCAGGGCUGGAUAUCGUGGUGAAUACUGCGAAACGGAUAUAGAUGAAUGCACGUCAUCUCCCUGUAAGAAUUACGCUAACUGCACGGACAAAGUCAAUGGCUAUGCAUGUCUUUGUCUUCCGGGAUAUAGUGGUACAAACUGCGAAACUGACAUUCAAGAAUGUGAGUCAUCUCCAUGUCAAAAUAAAGGAUCGUGUGUAGACAGUAUCAAUGGGUAUACGUGCACCUGCGACAAAGGAUAUAUUGGAAAUAACUGUGAGAUCAACAUAAAUGAAUGCAAGUCAUCACCCUGUCUGAACGGUGCUUCUUGUAUAGAUGGUACUAAUGGUUACACAUGUUCCUGCAUGGCUGGAUAUCGUGGUGAAUACUGCGAAACGGAAAUAGAUGAAUGCAUGUCAUAUCCAUGCCAAAAUGGUGCUAGCUGUACAGAUGACAUCAAUGGUUACAAGUGCACUUGCUUGGCUGGCUACGACGGUGUGAACUGUAAAAAUGAUAUAGAUGAAUGCACGUCGUCUCCGUGUAAGAAUAACGCUACCUGCACGGACAAAGUCAAUGGCUAUGCAUGUACUUGUCUUCCGGGAUAUAGCGGUACAAACUGCGAAAAUGAUAUUCAAGAAUGUAUAUCUUCGCCUUGUCAAAAUAAUGGAUCGUGUACAGACAACAUCAAUAGGUAUACGUGUACAUGCGAUAAAGGAUAUACUGGCGAUAACUGUGAGACGAACAUAGACCAGUGCAAGUCUUCCCCAUGUCAAAACGAGGCUAUAUGUACAGACAGUAUCAAUGGUUAUACUUGCACAUGUGUUGCCGGGUAUUCCGGUGUUCGCUGCGAGUUUGAUGUGGAUGAAUGUAAAGCUCUCCCAUGCAAAAAUGGGGCUAACUGUACAGAUAAUAUCAAAAGUUAUUCUUGUACUUGCGUGUCGGGAUACACCGGAAUCAAUUGUGAAAUAGAAAUAGACGAAUGCAUGUCAUAUCCAUGCCACAAUGGUGCUAGCUGCAUAGAUGAUAUCAAUGGUUACAAGUGCACUUGCUUGGCUGGCUACGACGGUGUAAACUGUAAAAAUGAUAUAAACGAAUGCACGUCAUCUCCGUGUAAGAAUUACGCAACCUGCACAGACAAAAUCAAUGGCUAUGCAUGUACAUGUCUUCCGGGAUAUAGUGGUACAAACUGCGAAACUGACAUUCAAGAAUGUACACCUUCGCCUUGCCAAAAUAAUGGAUUGUGUACAGACAACAUCAAUGGAUAUACGUGUAACUGCGAUAUAGGAUAUACUGGCGAUAACUGUGAGACUAAUAUUAAUGAAUGCAAGUCAUCACCCUGUUUGAACGGUGCUACUUGUAUAGAUCGUAACACAUGUUCCUGCAUGCCUGGAUAUGGAGGUGAAUACUGUGAAACGGACAUAGAUGAGUGCAAGUCUUCCCCGUGUCAAAACGAGGCUAUAUGCACAGACAGCAUUAAUGGUUAUAUUUGUACUUGUGUUGCCGGAUAUUCCGGUGUUCGCUGCGAAACUGAUGUAGACGAAUGCAGAUCUCUCCCAUGCAAAAAUGGCGCUAACUGUACAGAUAAUAUCAAAGGUUAUUCUUGUACUUGCGUGUCAGGAUACACCGGAGUCAAUUGUGAAAUAAAAAUAGAUGAAUGCAUUUCAUAUCCAUGCCAAAAUGGUGCAAGCUGUACAAACAACAUCAAUGGUUACAAGUGCACUUGCGUGACUGGUUACGUCGGUGUUAACUGUGAAAAUGAAAUAGACGAAUGCAUUUCGUCUCCGUGUAAGAAUUACGCUACCUGCACAGACAAAGGCAAUGACUAUGCAUGUACUUGUCUUCCUGGAUAUAGCGGUACAAACUGCGAAACUGAUAUUAAUGAAUGUGAGUCAUCUCCUUGUCAGAAUGAUGCUACAUGUACAGAUAGCAUCGAUGGCUAUACCUGUAUAUGCCCUGCAGGAUAUUUUGGCUUCAACUGUGAACUCGAUAUUGAUGAAUGCAAAUCUAUGCCGUGCAAAAAUGACGGAACCUGCUCUGACAGUGUCAAUGGUUACAAUUGUGAAUGCACAGCGGGAUAUAAUGGGACCAACUGUGAUCUAGACAUAAAUGAAUGUUUGUCAUCACCAUGCCGAAACGAUGGCAGCUGUACAGACAAGAUCAACGGAUACCAAUGUGCAUGUGUGCCCGGAUACACUGGCAAUACCUGUGAAAUCGAUACAGAUGAAUGUGCGUCAUCACCCUGUCAAAACGACGCCAACUGCACAGACAAUUUUAAUGGAUACAAAUGUAUUUGUGUACAAGGAUAUACUGGUGCUAACUGUGAAUUCGAUAUAAAUGAAUGUGCAUCAUCACCCUGCAAAAAUGACAAAAUCUGCACUGACAAUAUAAAUGGGUACCAAUGUAUUUGUGUAUAUGGAUAUACAGGCGUAAACUGCGAAACUGAUAUAAAUGAAUGUGCGUCAUCACCUUGCCGUAACGGUGGCAACUGUACAGACAAUAUUAACGGAUAUCAGUGUACUUGUGUGCUUGGAUAUACUGGUGUUCACUGCGAAACUGAUAUAGACGAAUGCAUGUCAUCUCCCUGCCAGAACAAUGGUGACUGUACAGAUAAUGUCAACAGUUAUUCGUGUAAUUGUGACACAGGUUAUACUGGUGUCAAGUGUGAAAAUGAUAUAGACGAAUGCAUGUCAUCUCCCUGCCAGAACAAUGGUAACUGUACAGAUAAUGUCAACAGUUAUUCGUGUAAUUGUGACACAGGUUAUACUGGUGUCAAGUGUGAAAAUGAUAUAGACGAAUGCAUGUCAUCUCCCUGCCAGAACAAUGGUGACUGUACAGAUAAUGUCAACGGCUAUUCGUGUAAUUGUGACACGGGUUAUACUGGUGUCAAGUGUGAAAAUGACAUAGAUGAAUGUGCUCCUCGGCCAUGUCAUAACAACGGAACAUGCAACGACAGAAUCAAUGGUUACACAUGUACAUGCUUGGCAGGUUUCGAGGGCGAAAAUUGUAAAAACGAUAUCGACGACUGUAGCCCAAACCCAUGCCACAAUGACGGGAAUUGCACUGACGGCAUCAACUUUUACAACUGCACGUGUUUGUCUGGUUUCUAUGGUGUCAACUGUCAGAAUGUAACAACUGUAAGCGAUUCAGAUGAGAAAUCAGGCGAAUCAGACAGUAAUACUUCUAACAUUGGGUUGAUAAUUGGAGUAGUUCUCACAAUCAUCAUUCUUACUGUCGGAGUUGUUGUGAUAAUGAAAUGGAAAGGAUUUUCUGUAUUUAAUCGAAAUGGUCACUCAACACAACAACGCUCUACUGAGGAAUCCGCUGCUGUACCGUCGACUCAAGCACACGAGAAUCCAUUGUAUUUCGGUAACGAUACGUUUCUCUCUGAAGAAGCCGAAAAAGAGGAGCCUGCAACAUUUAGCACAUUUAAAGCGAGUAGCGAUACCAAAGAAACGUCAUUUGAAUAACUUAGAUGCAAUAAGACACGCACAGAAACAGAUUGUAGCAGAAGACGGCGGUUGUCUGAGUUAAAGACAAUAGAUGACUAAAAUAACUAUGACAACAAGUAAACACCGGAAUUAUUAUCAUUCAAAUACUAUAGUUUGAACAAACAUCUUAAUAUAUUUAGAGUCGCUGAUUUUCUGUCGUAUUGUUUUAUAUAUUUUAUUUCUUCCUUACUGCUUUAUAUCACUAAUACUGUUAAUUUUUCAUUUUUAUUUAAUAUUUUUAAUGUUUUGUCAUUUAAAGGUAACUAUUCUAAACCAUCAUUUACUUGUUCUUUAGCACAUCUACAUGAGAUGUUAGUUUCGUUAUUGCGCUGAAUUGUCCUAAAAAAUGUUGGGUUUUUUCCACUCACAAAAGUCUAUAUAUUGUUGCGUAUUGUAUACCGGUAUUUAGUCUUAUAUUUCAUAAAAUCAAGAAAUUGCAUACUAGUGAUAACAGUAUAAACUAUUGGUUUGUUUGAAAAUUGUAUGUUUACAUUUUCAAGUUCCAUCUUUAAAUCCUUCUCCAUUUUGAAGUUUACGAUGGUCAAGACACGUACGUAUGCUAGAAUGUGAAUGUUAAUAUAUUUGUAACAUUGGUGGUACCCAAUGAUCCUGCAGAAAAAAAACAAGUUCAAGGCAGGGAUAACGUUUUACUACCGCUAAAAUCAUUUUAUGAAUGCAAUUGCAAAUAUAUUCGGCUGGAUAUAUUAAUGGUCGAAACGCGAUAGUUAUACCCGUGUUUUCCUUGCCAAAUUGUAACAAAUGCCGAAAAAACUUUUAAUGACAACAAUUUUAGAUGCAUAUAUGUCAGUUUACCAAUCAUUAGCUUAGUUUAUCCCGGGUAUUGUAGAUAUGGUUACUAAAUACGGAAUGCCUCGAUUGCUUAAAGAUUAUUUUCUACUGUUCUUCCCGUAAGCGGUUCACGGUAUAAAUCGUGGUUAGACUGGCUACUUUCCUGAUUAAGUAAAUUUGGAAAUAUAUGUAUAAAACUUUGAUGCAAAUUUGCGGUGAUCCCUGCAUGCCAAAAUCUUGCUCGCACACACAAUAAAUAAACUACAUACAAAUCAAAACAAUAAUGUGAGGAUACUGCUAAAUACUCUUCUAAUGCAGUUGAAGAUAAGAAAAUGAAGCCCCUUUUGAGCAUUAAUAAAGUUAAGUAGUUAAUGCAUGGAGAUUUUAAGAUACAAUUACAAAAAUAAAUUUGUGUUCGAUUAAUAAGUACAUUGUACUGCAUUUUUUCAUACUUCAAUCUGAUUCGUUGCAGCCUAUGUUAGAAUCAUUUAGUACAUAGAUGGAUAUGGAUCUUCAAUUGUUAUUGCGUCUAGCUUGUAUGAAAAAAAAAAAAAGACUGAUAAGUCAUUUUUUUUUUAAUUAAGAUAGAUCAGAUCUGUAGCGCAUGCAUCUAAUAUCAGUUCAUUUGCAUUUUUUGUUGUUUUACAGUGUCAGCCAAUGUAAUAUUUAUACUUACGUUGUUACUGUUUGAAUGAUAUAUGUUCAGUUCAUAUUAUUUUGUCUAUAUAUGUUGGAAAUACUGGUCACGGUGAGCUCCGCUAUAGGCACUUGCUAAAUUACAAUAAGAGCCUUUUGAGGCAUAUAAUGCAUCAAAGUAAGUAUAUAGCAGUCACGGUUUGACAAUUUGGGUCAUCUGCAGGUCAUGGCAAUCUAAAUAUAUUAAAUUAUAUCCUAAACAAUCUUAUAUCUGUAGUUUAUGCAAACUAACCACACUUUCCUAACCAGAAUCCUAACAGAAGUAAUGUAAACACAUUUCCAUUUACUCAUCUCUAUCAAAGGUUAUCAGCUCACAGCUGAUCAUUUGUUUACAUGUUAUGUAUUCGGAGUAAUCUGUACAGGAUCGAAAACCUGUCACGUGACUUGCUCCAUGUUCCACAAGCACAAAUCUUUUAGCAUACCAAUAAACCCACCGCCUUCUGGCGGCGGGUAAUAAAGGUAAUUAUAUUGCUUUACAUGUAUGAGAUAAAUUAACAAUACAAGGUUUGGUGUUACCAUAGAAAGCCUACAUGAAUAAAAAUAAUAUAUAUACUAGGCAAGAUAAUUAUCUACCAACAGAAAUGCCGCGAUCAUAUAUAACUUUGCUGUUUUGUCAAACCUUAGAUACAAAGUAUCGUCAUGCUAGUUAAUUAUGCCCCCCUUCGAAGAAGGAGGGGUAUAUUGUUUUGCAGAUGUCGGUCGGUCGGUAUGUCGGUCGGUCGGAAUGUAGACCAAUCCGUUUGCGGAUGAUAACUCAAGAAUGCUUGGGCCUAGGAUCAUGAAAGUUAAUAGAGAGGUUGAUCAUCACCAGCAGAUGGCCCCUAUUGAUUUUGAGGUCUGUUUGUCAAAGGUCAAGGUCACAGUGACCCAGAAUAGUAAAACGGUUUCCGGAUGAUAACUCAAGAACACUUGGGCCUAGGAUCAUGAAAGUUGACAGGAAGGUUGGUAAUGACCCGCAGAUGAACCCUAUUGAUUUUGAGGUCAGUAUGUUAAAGGUCAAGGUCACAGUGACCCUAAACAGUAAAACGGUUUCCGGAUGAUAACUCAAGAGCGCUUAGGCUUAGGAUUACAAAAGUUGACAGGGAGGUUGAUCAUGACCAGCAGAUGACCCCUAUUGAUUUUGAGGUCAGUAUAUUAAAGGUCAAGGUCACAGUGACCAGGAACAGUAAAAUGGUUUCCAGGCAAUAACUCAAGAACGCUUAGGCUUAGUGUCAGGAAAAUUGAUAUUUAGGUUGGCCAUGACCAGCAGAUGACCCCUAUUGAUUUUGAGGUCAUUAGGUCAAAGGUCAAGGUCACAUUGGCCAGGAACAGUUAAACGGUUUCUGAUCUUCUUGUCCAAAACCAUAGGGCCUAGGGCUUUGAUAUUUGGUAUGUAGCAAAAUCUACUGGUCCUCUACCAAGAUUGUUCAGAUUAUUUCCCUGGGGUCAAAUAUGGCCCCACCCCGGGGGUCACAUGUUUUAUAUAGACUUAUAUAGGAAAAAACUUUUAAAAAACCUCUUGUCCAAAACCACAGGGCCUAGGGCUUUGAUAUUUUGUAUAUGACAUCAUCUAGUGGUCCUCUACUAAGAUUGUUCAAAUUAUUCCCCUAGGGUCAAAUAUGGCUCCGCCCUGGGGGUCACAUGGUGUACAUAGACUUAUAUAGGGAAAAACAUUGAAAAUCUUCUUGUCCAAACCACAAAGACUAUGGCUUUGAUAUUUUGUAAUGUAGCAUCAUUUAGUGGUUCUCUAUCAAGUUUGUUCAAAUUAUCCCUCUAGGGUCAAAUAUGGCCCUGCCCCAGGGGUCAUAUGGUUCAUAUAGACUUAUAUAGGGAAAAACUUAGACUCUUCAUGUCCAUAACUUACUUUAUUCAAAUUUGGACCACAUGUAUAGUUUUGAGUGGCAAGAUGAACCUUGACAUGAGUUGACCUUGAUCUUGACCUAGUGACUUACUUUCACAUUUCUGUAGCUACAGCCUUCAAAUUUGGACCACAUGCAUAGGUUUGUGUACCGAAAAGAACUUUGACCUUGUUAUUGACCUAGUGACCUACUUUCACAUUUUUGAAGGUACAGGCUUCAAAUUUGGACCACAUGCAUAGUUUUUUGUUCCAAAAGAAAAUUUGACCUUGAUUUUGACCUAGUGACCUACUUUCACAUUUCUCAAGCUACAGCCUUCAAAUUGGAACCACAAGCAUAGUUUUGUGUACUGAAAUGAACUUGGAUCUUGAGAUUGACCUAGUGACCUACUUUCACAUUACUGAAGGUACAGGCUUCAAAUUUGGACCACUUGCAUAGUUUUGUGUUCUGAAAUAAAAUUUGACCUUGAUUUUGACCUAGUGACCUACUUUCACAUUUCUCAAGCUACAACCUUCAAAUUUGAAGCAAUGCAAAGUUUUGUGUACCGAAAUAACCUUUGAUCUUGAGAUUGACCUAGUGACCUACUUUCACAUUUCUCAAGCUACAGGCUUCAAAUUUGGACCACAUGCAUAUUUUUGCGUUCUGAAUUGAAAUUUGACAUUGAUUUUUACCUAUUCCCUUCUUUCACAUUUCUGAAGCUACAGCUUCCAGAUUUGAAGCACAUACAUAGUUCUGUCUACCGAAAUGAACUUUGACCUUGAAAUUGAUCUAGUGACCUACUUUCACAUUUCUGAAGCCACAGCUUUCAAAUUUGGACCACAUACACAUUGUUUUGGUCCGAAAUUAAAUUUGACCUUGAUUUUGACCUUGAGCUAGUCUUGAAAUUUGGAGCAUUCAAAAAUGGCUCAGUGGAUGGCACCAAGAUCACUCUGUAAUCUCUUGUUAGGUUAAUAGGUUAAAGGUCAAGGUCAGAUUAAACCAGAAUGGUAGAACCUUUGUUUACAGUGAGCAUAUAAUUUCUGUUCCUUGUGCAAUUACUGAAUGCAUCAAGGGGGGCAUUUCGUGUUCGACGAGCUCUUGUUUCGUUUAGAUAUACUGCUUUUUUUAUCUGUCAAUCAUGUAUGGUGCAAUUAAAGUUUAACACGGUCAUUAAGUCAGUAGAAAAAGAUAACCAACGAUUGACUGGAAAGUAAUAAUAUGUAUGAACACUAAUAAACACAUGUUAACUGA